AUGUGCGCGACCCUGCUCUCAGCCGUGCAGAUAGCCGAGCCCGAUGUGUCGGCAACACUGGCGCCGUUGGCCAUCGCCGAGGAGCCGCUGUCGAGGAAGCAGUUCACGGCCAACGUGGCACGACGGCUCAGCGGACGAGCAGCGGUGCCGUCGGGGACGCCGUCAUCGCGCAACUCACUGAUCAGCCAGCCGAGUACGGAAGCUGUGAGCCCGCACAUGACGGGCUCGCCCAUGCAGAUGGCUGCCGACGAGGCCAAGCCGGCCCAUCAUCACGGGCGCCGCAGUGUUGACCAGGCCAGCGGACGGCUGCUGGCCCAGCUGGCCGAGUGGCUACAGUACGAGAAGGAGAAGAAGGAGAGCCGCAAGUCUCGCCGGGUGCCGCGUGUGCACAACAAGAAGACGAGGUCGCCUCCGUCGGACGACACGGGCGAGAAGGCCAAGGCGAGCAGCAAGGGCAAAUUGUGGGAAGGAGCGGCCAUUGAUGAGUCAGCAGCGAUAGUAGUGCCAGAGAUCAAGCACACGCGGUCGCUAUCGACAGGCUCAGCGUCGAGCGACAUGUCGCUGGACCGGCUGCAGCGGAUCAUAGACGAUGGGAUGGCGGCCAUGGGGAUCGAGUCGCUGUCGGGGUUGGCAGCACGCGGACGAACAUCGAGCAGUGGGCGGCGGCAUCACUCGCGCAACCGGCGGCACCAGCCGAGCCAACCGAGCCAGCCGAACCGGACGGCGUCAUCAGACACCGACUACGUGGACGGCGACGUGUUUGUGCCGGGCUGCGACGCGGUGUUGGACAACGCUAAGACGCUCAAGUACGCGGCGAGCAGUAGCAGCCAGGGCCAAGGUCAAGACGCGGGCAGCCGGCGGGAAGAGAAGGAGCGCGCGGCGUGGGUGAGCUUCAAGAACGAGAUCAUCCGGCUGGCCCACACGCUGCGGCUCAAGGGGUGGCGCAAGGUGCCGCUAGACGCGGGCGAGACGAUCACGGUGGAGCGUCUGAGCGGUGCGCUGACGAAUGCGGUGUACGUGGUGCUGCCGCCAUCAGACGUGCUGCCGGCGAGCACAAGCAGCAAGACGAGUCCGGGAGCGGCGAGCGCGGUGGCCAUUGCGGGCACGCCGGGGUCGUUGUCGUUCCAGGGGGCUUCCGGAACUUCUGGAACUUCCGGGACUUCCGGGACUUCCGGGACUUUCGGGGUUUCCGGGACGUCUGGCCGUCGCAACCAGCCGAACAAACUACUCCUCCGCAUCUAUGGCCCGCAGGUGGAGCACUUGAUCGACCGCGAGAACGAGCUGAGCGUGCUACGACGGCUGGCGCGCAAGAAGAUCGGCCCGCGGCUGCUGGGCACGUUUGCCAACGGGCGAUUCGAGGAGUUCUUUGACGCGUCGACGCUGACGUGCGUCCAGAUGCGCGAGCCCGACACCUCGCGGCAGAUUGCCAAGCGCAUGCGCGAGCUGCACGACGGCAUCGAGCUGCUCGAGGACGAGCUCGCGGCCGGCCCCAACGUGUGGCGCAACUGGGACCGCUGGCUGGAUGCGGUCGAGCGCAUCGUCUCGUUUGUGGACCGCGAGGUGCUCGCGGCCCAGCAGCUCGUCGCCAGCGGCUGUACCCCAACACCAAUGUCUCGCGGCAUGGCCGAUUCCUGGAAAUACCGCGGCUUCGUCUGCGGCGUCGAGUGGCCGGUCUUCCGCGCGGCCGUGGACAAGUAUCGACAGCACGUGGUGCAGCAUUAUGGCGGCGAGCGGAAGAUGCGCGAGAAGCUGAGUUUUGCGCAUAAUGAUACACAAUAUGGAAACAUCCUGCGGAUUCGCCCCAGCGACAAAUCCCCCUUGCUGCAGCCCGGCAAUGAACACAAACAGCUGGUGGUCAUCGACUUCGAGUACGCAGCAGCCAACCCGCCCGGUGUCGAGUUUGCCAACCACUUCACCGAGUGGGCAUACAACUACCACGACACCGUUGCGCCGCACGCCUGCGAUGCCGCCAAGUAUCCCACGCCCGAGCAGCAGCGCCACUUUCUGCGUGCCUACGUCGAACACCGCCCCCAGUUCCCCCACCAGUCGGGCGCCAAUACGCCGCGCUUCGGCCCCGUGUCGCUGCCAUCGCCACCGUCGCUGUCGGAGCAGCCGUCGGCCAGCUCGAUCGCCGAGUUCAUGCUAGACGCCCGCGCCCCUCCUGGCGGCUGGAAGGAGGAGGAGCGCCGCCACGACGAGCUCGCCGACAGCCAGGUGGAAGCCCUGAUGGCCGAGACCCGUCUGUGGCGCAUCGCCAACAGUGCCCAGUGGGUCGUCUGGGGCAUCGUGCAGGCCAAGGUGCCCGGCCUCAGCCUGGAUGACGCCGCCGACGGCAACGACAACACCAGUGUGGCCAGCAGCACCCACAGCAGCGACGAUGUCGAGCCGACCGUCGACGAGGAUGGCUUCGACUACCUGGCCUACGCCCAGGACCGCGCCCUCUUUUUCUGGGGCGACUGUGUCCAGAUGGGCAUUGUGCGCCUCGGCGACCUGCCCGCAGACCUGCAGUCCAAGAUCAAGAUUGUCGAGUACUGA